AUGGAGGAGGAGGAGCAGCUGCACUGUCUGGGCACGCGGUGCUUCCAGUCGCCGCACGACACAUACCGCCUGCCCACCUACUACGAAGUGCCGCUCAUGCGCGGCGAGAAGGCGCCUGGCCGGGACUACCGGUGGAUGGUGGGGGUGCGGCUGAAGAACGAGACGGGCGCGCGGCCGAAGAGGCACGUUCGCCUCGCCGCCUACCGCGCAGUUGCCCUGCCGCAGUGCCUCGGCCUCGGCGACGACGGCAGGUGGAAGUGGCAGCACAUCCCCCUGGCGCUACUCGCGGGCUUCAAGCUCACCGUCUCCGCCCUCCCCGCCGCCGCCACCGCCGCUGCCACCGGCAGCAACACUGGCGGGGCAAGCACGCAGGGGAAGGGGGGGGUGGGGGAAGCAGUGGGUGCGCGCGCGGGCGAGGAGAGUGGCCCUGGCACGGUGUGGUCGGCAUCAGUGAGGCCGCAUGUGCGCCUGCAAGUGCUGACGCCGCUGCUGGGCAAGAUAGCACUGAAGCCGUCGCUGGACGUGUUGCCGCGUCCAGCGCUCUGCAUCAAGCGCUCCUUCAACGUCGGCACCGCCAAGCUCUCGCUGCGCGCCAAGCUGCAGGCGGAGGGCGAUGCAUGGCGCAUGCGCCUGCCCUCAUGGACCCUGCAGCUGGACUGGCGCCCGGCUGACUCGGUGAGGGUGCAGAGGGAGGAGCAGCAGGAGGACGCCAUAACGCUCAAGUACACCAAGGGCUUUAAGAUCUCACGCGACUGCAGAGGGGUGGUAUCAGGGCUGAUGGAGCUGCCGUGCUGCAUCUCCUCGUCGCAUGCAGCGCCGCUCUUCUCCCUCUUCCCGCGCAAGUUCGGCCUUGAGUCACUGCGCCUCACACAAGUCAUUGGCACCAGGGCUCCGCGGGACCCGCCGCUGUCAACGCGGAGGUACAUGCGGGCGGCGCAGCACAUAGGGCGCAGCGACGUCAUCUCGGUGGUGCCGGGCCACUGGAUCGACCCCGGCUUUGAGCCCGGCGCUCCGGGCGAGCGCGAAUUCAACCUGGAGGUUCGUGCGUGCGUGCUGGUGGGUACAUGGGCAAACGAGUCGCAUAGACAUUUGAUUCAUGCAUUGGAGAGGCAGUUGAGGAGCACGGGGUGGGAUGUGUUGCGACCGGACAGGGAUGCGCCCAAUCUGCAGUGGGAGCAGUACCUCAACUGGGUCUCCAAGCAGACGAUGAGGGGAGUGCCGGUGAUAGAGAUUCACGGGCAGGGCUCCAAUGCGGACUACAGGGGCUUUGUGCUGGGCGUCAUAGGUGACAAGGACACGCCUCUCAACAAGGAGCUGGCGCGCAAGUUUGGGCACUUUGCGAUGGACUGGCGGGAGCUGGCAGUGCCGAGGCGGGGAGGCACCAUCGUCGAGAGCUUCAACUCCGAUGAGGUGCUACAAAUGGCCCCGUGGCACCGGCAGUGGGCAGUGAGCCGCCUAGCCAACCGCAUUGCGACAUGUGUGGAGCGCGCCAGUGCGCCCAACAGGAUGGCACGUGGCGUGGACGUGCCGGCAUCGCUCCUCAGCGACACAGCCUAUGACCCAGCAGCAGCAGCAGCGGCAGCAGCAGUGGGCGGUGCAGGUGGGCAUCAUUACAGUCACAGCAGGCUGUGGGCUGUGCCGGAUAUGGGGGAUAGUAUGGAGCGGCGGACACAGCAGCUUAGCAGCGGAGUAGAGAAGAAGCAGCAGGCGCCGCUGUGGAGGGGUAUUGUGUGGCCGUGGCAGCGCAAGGUGCAGCAGCGGGAAGGGGGAAAGAGAUUUAGCAGGAGUGAUGGCCGAUAA